AUGGGCCGUGUUUUUACCUUCCAGGUGGGCCCGCAGUACCGGCUGAAUGCGGUGGUUUGCCUUCGCGCCAAAAACAGCGGAGAAUGGCCAUUUGGAAUGGGAAGGAAUAACCCCCUCCCAUCCCCUGCUGUCACUUUCCCCAACCACUCCUGUCACCCUUUUCAACCAACCCACUCCUGUUGCCCUCACCAACACACUCCCAUCACCAUCCCCUCCCAUCACCCUCCGAACUCAUUCCCGUCACCCUUCUUAACCAACUCCCAACACCCUCCCAACGUACUCCCAUCACCGCCCCCACCCUAUCCUGUCACCCUUUUCAACAAACCGGCUCCUGUUGCCCUCAUCAACACACUCCCAUCACCGUCCCCCACCCUAUCCUGUCAUCCUCUCAACCCACUCCCGUCACCCUCCCAACCCGAUCCCAUCACCCUCCCCAACCCACUCCUGUCACCCUCCCCAACCUACCACCGUCACCCUACCAACCCACUACCGUCACCUUCCACAACCCACUCAUGUCCCCCUCCCAAAUCCACCAACGUCAUCCUCCCAAACCCACUCCCGUCCCCCUCUCCCAUCCACUCAUGUCAGCCUCCCCAACCCAAUCCUGUCAACCUCCCCAACCAACUCACGUCUACCUCCCCAACCCACAUUUGUCACCCUCCCCAACCCAUUCCUAUCACCCUCCCCAACCCACCACCGUCACCCUCCCAACCCAAUCCCGUCAACCUCCCCAACCCACUCAUGUCACCCUUCCCAACCCACCACCGUCACCCUCCCAACCCACUCCCAUCACCCUUCCCAUCCCACUCAUGUCACCCUCCCGAACCCACCCCCGUCACCCUCCCAAACCCACUCACGUCAUCCUCCCCAACCCACUCCCAUCACCCUCCCCAACCCACUCCCAUCACCCUCCCCAACCCACUCCCAUCACCCUUCAAACCCACUCACGUUACCCUCCCCAAUCAUCUCCCGUCACCCACUCCAACCCACUCCUGUCCACUCUCCCCAACCCUCCUUAUUCAACUCCUGUUACCCUCCCCAACCCACUAA